UUGAAAAUGGUAUCAUAUCAUCCUUACGUUCAUUCGGCAACAGUUCGAAAAAAGACAAGACAAAACUAAACGAAAGGUCAAUUCGUCAUUGUUUGGUUUAAGAUUAAAAACCAACCGAGAGUUCAGUAGAUCAAUUAAUUAUCGUAAAUUCGUUGCAUACAAACUAGUGAAAUGGCUUUGAGGAAAGUUCUUAGUGUGCUUUGUGUUGUAGCAGUCGUCGCCGCCCUUCCAGCGGAGGAGUCGCGGGGGCACGCUCGAAAUGCCAUCGGAUCCGACAGCGACAUUAUGGAUAGUAUUUAUAAGGAUUGCCUGCGCAAGGACUCCGUGUCAUGUGUCAAGUACAAAUUGUUCAACUUUGUGGAUAAAAUUAUGGCGGCACGCGACCAAUUCGCUCUAACCGAAGGCGUAACGGUGGUAAGGACGCCCGGCGCUGAACCGGCUGGAGCUCCACGAGCCAUCACUGGCGACGAAUCCAUUGAGUCCUUAAUCUGGAGUCGUGUAUCCAGCUUCUUGCAAAGCCACACUGUUAAGGUUGAAUUGAAAGGAGCCGAUAUCGUGAAUGCUGUUCAAUCGACUGGUCGUGCUCUAGAGGAUGUUUCGGAUAGUCUUUUCGGAGAGGAACAAAGCGGUCCUGGAGCCGAAGAGAGCAGAGGAAAGAAAAAGAAAGCUGCCAAAAUCCUCGGACCAAUUCUUGCCUUGGUUGCUCUUAAGGCCGCUGCCCUCUUGCCACUUCUCCUCGGUGCCAUCGCUCUCAUCGCUGGUAAAGCCUUAUUGAUCGGCAAGAUCGCCUUGGUGCUCUCGGCAGUCAUCGGUCUUAAGAAACUGUUGUCACAAGAACGUCAUGUAACCUACGAAGUAGUGGCCCACCCACAUCACUCCACCAGCCAUUCAGCUAGUCACAGCGACUCAUACGGCUACAGCGGCGGCGAUACUGGAAGCUACGGAAGCUCCGGUCAUGGAGGCGGCUGGGGACGAUCCAUUGAUGCCCAGGACAUCGCUUACAGUGGACAGAAACCGCAAUAGACUAAGUCUAACGCUUACAGCAAAUUACGAUAAGUUUUAGCUUCCACUCCAAGGAGCAGUUGUUUUUGUUUUACAAAAUUGAUUUACGCAAGGAGAACGCCGAUACGACGCCAAUUUUCGGUACCGCCAAUACUCGGGCUCUCUACUACUACUUCUGCCCCGAAAUACCUUCUAAUCAUAUAAGACAGCAUGCGACAAUUUAGUAUAAAUAAUUUAUUGUAAUAUUUAUUUUGUUUAGCGACACGUGUUAUUUAAUCGAUUGUCACGAUGUGUUAUGUAACAUUAAGUUAUUUUUUCCUCUCA